AUGGACACUUACACGAAUUUUCAGUUAAGUGAAGACAGUUGGGAGCAGCUAUAUUCAGUAAUACCAUUUCAAAACAAUAGUGAUACAGUGCCAGCUACUAAGCAAAGAUGUCAAGCCAAUGCAAGGGAACGAGACAGGACGCAAAACAGUGUCAACAUGGCUUUCAACACAUUGCGACUCCUGAUACCGACGGAACCGCCCGACCGCAAACUCAGCAAGAUCGAGAUAUUACGACUGGCUGGCAGCUACAUCACACACCUCGACAACCAGCUCUACACUGGAGACUUGGAACAACCAUGCUUACAAAAAAAUGAUACUGAAUACAAGUCUUCGCUGUGUACAUUCUGCUGGUCUUCGAAUAAAAAAACAAAUGAAAUCAUCAACCGCGAAAUGGUAAAUGAUUUAUUAGCAGUUUAG